AUGAAUAAAAAGGCAACUUUUUCUUGCGUCAAAGAUUACGAUGAGCAAGGAGAACACCUGGGUGAACAACCAGUACGUCGCGUAGUACCAGCGUGCGAUCUUGACUCCUUCUCAUUGGGUGAUAAAAAACCAACCUUUCCAGAGCAGCCAGGUGUCACCCUUCCCCUCUGCCCAGACAAUCAAUAUGCCAUUUUCUAUAAUAAUAAUUGGGGAAUUGCACGGUACACACUCUACAAGAUUACCGCCGCACAAGCCUUGAAAGCCAAGACAAACCCAGUACCAAGACCUAAUGACCCAUGGCAACUGGAUAAGACGCCAGGUAAGUUAAUCAGUGUUACUGUUUAAAUUUACUUUUUUAAUGAAGAAAUUUAGGAAAAAAAUUAAUUCGUUUGUCAUUCCACUACUACAACGUCUGUUCGUCGUGUUGUUUUUGUCUUUCACGCACUCCUAAUGCGAUCGAUAAGAUGCUGAGAGGAGGGUUAUGCGAGUAUUUCGUGAACUUAAAGUUAAAACACUCGAAAACGGGUGUAUAUACAUAUGUAUACGUGUACGUGUUCUUAUAUAUAGAUGGAUGGAUAGAUAUUAGGUAGAUAUGAUAUACAUUUACAUUAUGCAUCAUAACGCCAUUUUACCACAUUAAGGCAACGCGUACGGUGCACGCAAAACAUGCGACGGUAUUACACUGCAGGUACAAUGGAGCAAAAAUACAAAUGGAAAGAGGAGAGACCUGUGAGAAGAGUCGUGAAUGAUGGGUAAAUCAUUUUAAGCAAACAAUUUCCUUGGCUUUAACAUUUUGCAACCGUGAUUGGGAGGGUGAAAACUUUAUUUACCUAGCGGAUCGAUAGAGAACAAAAUUUCUUGGCUUGUGACUGACAUCAGCGUACUUUAAAACUCUCUCAUGAUCAGGGAUUCGUCAAGGAAGCAGUGCAUUGUAUCAAAACCAACCUUUUCCGGGUAGAUACCACAAAGGUCACCUCGUUCCUGUUAACAUCUUACGUUACAGCGAUGAAAGUGUUCGUGCCACUUUCACCUACACCAACUGCGUGCCGCAAAUUGGGAAUUUCAACACAGGUCAGUGGAAAAAGUACGAACUAAAAAUAGGGAAAUAUGCUCAGGACUAUUGUGCUCCAAUAGGCGGAACUCUUUACCUGAUCACUGGAACAUCACAGGUUAAAUUUGAUGAGAAACUUAAUCUUCAAGGCGAAAUAACCGAGGUGGAUAAGUCGGUGGAUAAAAUGGAGUUGUUCCAUGGCAAAGUGGAUGCACAACAAAAGAUCGAAAUUCCAAACUCAAUGUGGACGGUGGGCUGUUGCUUGAACUUGAAUACCAAUCAAGUCGUGGGAGCGUUUGGUGUAAUGGGUGAUAAUUCUUUAGACAAAAAGCCCUUAAAUAAAUUUAUGAUGUCCCAACAAAACGUCGCAUAUGUUGAAAGCGCCCUCAAAUUAGAGGAUCCAACAAUUAAGUUGUUUCCUAACGGCAAAGAUUGCUAUUUGCCACAAAAAAACGUUAAUUUGAAUGAAAUACAUAGAUGAUUUUAUUGUGUUUCUUGAAAGGAGUCUGAGGGGCACCUUGGGUGAAAUAACCAGAUUCUGAUCAAUGCACAGUUUUAACAUAUCUCAGCCGAAUUUUACUGUACGCCUCGCUAAAUUCAAAAAGUUUGUUUAAACUGAAAUCUCCCUCCUCUGUUUGAACCUGGAAAAAUAAUAAAUAUCCUAGUUACUUGUUUUUUUCGGGCUGUACUGUUAGUUACGAACUCGGUUAGAAAGAGGUGUUUAGAGCUUGUAUUUUCAUCCUUUAUGUUCAAAAUAUGCAUGCUACUUUAUCUGCUAAACAAUAAUACUGUAACGA